AUGGCUUCUGAAGACAUGCUGCAGCCGCUUCGCACAUAUCGCGGCAACUGCCAUUGCAAGGCAUUCGUGUAUGAAGUUCAACUGCCUGAGAUCAAGGCAGUCAAGCAAUGCAAUUGCAGUAUUUGCCAUAAAAAGGGCUACCUGUGGGUGCUUCCCCAGGAGACUGGCCACUUCAAGAUUGUCAAGGGGAGCGAAGACACGCUCUCCAGCUAUACUUUCAACGCCAAGAACCGGAGUCACAAGAACGGCUACGUUUGGACGUACCCUCUCAACGAACAGGUCGUUCUCCACGCCGAGGAGCCGGCCAAUAUUGGACGAUACGCCUUCUCCUUGCACAUCUUGAACAAGACAUUUUGUAAAAUCUGCGGCGUCAACCUCACCAACGAGUACAACGCCGACCAGACUGAAGAACAGAAAGCCAGGCUCUCGGAAGGCGCCAGGAAAUGGGAGGCAUAUGCGCGGCGUCACCACCCUGUCAACCUUCGCGUGCUGCCCGAGGUGGACAUCUACAACAUGACCAGGCGCUACAACAAAGGGUAUACGGGCAUCCCCCCACUAUACGAGAACCCGUGA